AGAGAGAGAGAGGGUGGCCCCGAUCCGCGCGAGUCCCUCGCCGCCGCCGCAGCGCCUCCGCUCCGCCAACUCCGCCGGCUUAAAUCGGACUCCGGGAUCCGCGAGGGCGCGGCGCAGCCAGCAGCGGCUAACCAUCCCCCCCUCCGCCCCCCAAAGCCUUGGCAACCCCGGGGGGCCACUGUUUCCCACCAAGCCACAGCACGAGCAUCCUCUCUGUGGGCUGUUCACCAACUGUCCAACCACCAUUUCACUGUGGACCUUACUCCCUCUUACAGAUAUGGGAGACAUGGGCGAUCCACCAAAAAAAAAACGUCUGAUUUCCCUAUGUGUUGGUUGCGGCAAUCAGAUUCACGACCAGUAUAUUCUGAGGGUUUCUCCGGAUUUGGAAUGGCAUGCGGCAUGUUUGAAAUGUGCGGAGUGUAAUCAGUAUUUGGACGAAAGCUGUACGUGCUUUGUUAGGGACGGGAAAACCUACUGUAAAAGAGACUAUAUCAGGUUGUACGGGAUCAAAUGCGCCAAGUGCAGCAUAGGGUUCAGCAAGAACGACUUCGUGAUGCGCGCCCGCUCCAAGGUGUACCACAUCGAGUGUUUCCGCUGUGUAGCCUGUAGCCGACAGCUCAUCCCGGGAGACGAAUUCGCGCUGCGGGAGGAUGGGCUUUUCUGCCGCGCCGACCACGACGUGGUGGAGAGAGCCAGCCUGGGAGCUGGAGACCCUCUCAGUCCCUUGCAUCCAGCCCGGCCUCUGCAAAUGGCAGCCGAGCCCAUCUCCGCUAGGCAGCCUGCCCUGCGGCCUCACGUCCACAAGCAGCCCGAGAAGACCACCCGAGUGCGGACUGUGCUCAACGAAAAGCAGCUGCACACCUUGAGGACGUGCUAUGCCGCCAACCCUCGGCCAGAUGCGCUCAUGAAGGAGCAACUAGUGGAGAUGACCGGCCUCAGCCCCCGAGUGAUCCGGGUCUGGUUUCAAAAUAAGCGGUGCAAGGACAAGAAACGCAGCAUCAUGAUGAAACAGCUGCAGCAGCAGCAACCCAACGACAAAACUAACAUUCAGGGGAUGACAGGGACUCCCAUGGUUGCUGCCAGUCCGGAGAGGCACGACGGUGGUUUACAGGCUAACCCAGUAGAAGUGCAAAGCUACCAGCCACCCUGGAAAGUACUGAGUGACUUCGCCUUGCAAAGUGACAUAGAUCAGCCUGCUUUUCAGCAACUGGUCAAUUUUUCAGAAGGAGGCCCGGCCUCUAAUUCCACUGGCAGUGAAGUAGCCUCGAUGUCCUCUCAGCUCCCAGACACACCCAACAGCAUGGUAGCCAGCCCUAUUGAGGCGUGAGGAACAUUCAUUCAGAUGGAUUCCUUUUUUUCCCCCCUGUUGGAGAAAGUGGGAAGUUAUGUUGAACUCCGAAAUAAAAGUGUUUGACGACCCUGUCAACGAAAACUGAAUCGAGAAAUGAAUGCUCCAUGAAGUGCUCGAAGUCUGUUUUAAUGACAAGGUGAUAUGGUAGCGACACUGUGAAGACAAUCAUGGGAUUUUACUAGAAUUAAAAACAAACAAACAAACAAAACCCCAAGCCCAACAUAUGCUAUUCAAUGACCUUGGAGUACUGAAAAAGAAAAAGAAAAAGAAAAA